CACGCGACAACAUGGGUGUCAAUUCGUCGUCCCGACAGGAUGCGAGCUUUCUUUCGGAUGAAGACGUGAACUUUGACCACUUUCAAAUACUGCGCAACAUUGGCAAGGGAAGCUUCGGCAAGGUGUGCAUCGUGCAGAAGAAAGACAGCGGCAACCUGUUCGCGAUGAAGUACGUCAGCCGCAACGUGUGCAUCGGCCGGGGUGCACUCGGCGGUGUGCUGAAGGAGGUGGAACUGCUCGCCUCCCUGGAGCAUCCUUUCCUCGUGAACCUUUGGUUCUCGUUUCAAGAUGAAGAGGAUUUGUUCAUGGUUUGUGAUUUGUUAGCCGGUGGCGACUUACGUUAUCAUUUACAGCACCAGGUGGAAUUUUCGGAGGCUGGUGUGAGCUUGCUGGUUUGUGAGCUUGGUUCCGCGCUGGAUUACCUGCAGAAGCAGCGCGUUGUGCACAGGGACAUCAAACCGGACAACAUCCUGCUGGACGAGGAAGGUCAUGCGCAUCUGACAGAUUUCAACAUCGCCACCCGGCUGCCACCGGACGGGCUUGCCUGCAGCAUGUCCGGCACCAAGCCGUACAUGGCUCCAGAAGUAUUUAUGUGUGCCUUAGAGGAAAUCGCCGGCUACAGCUAUCCGGUCGACUGGUGGAGCCUUGGCGUGGUCGCGUAUGAGCUGCGGAGUGGCAACCGCCCGUUUGUCGUACACUCAUCGACACCGCUGGCCGAGGUGAAAAACAUACUCAACACGCAACCCCACUAUCCCCGCCACUGGAGUGACAAUUUCGUCGAUCUGCUCGCCAAGCUACUGAAUGUGCAUCCCGGUGCGCGUAUCAGCACACUGAAAGAGCUGCAUCUGACGAAACUGCUGCGCGGCACCGAUUUCGAGCGCGUACUUUCCAAGCGUACCAACCCACCAUUCAAGCCUUCGAAGGAUCAUCUCAACUGUGACCCAAGCCUCGAGCUGGAAGAAAUGAUCGUCGAGACGAAGCCACUGCACAAGAAAAAGAAACGACUGGCCAAGCAGCGGUCGGUGCACAAGGAAAACAACGAUCAGCUGCACAGCCAGCUCGAAACGCAGCUACUCAAGGAGUUUCUCGUGUACAACCGCUACAAAGAGCUGAAGCGGAAAGCGAUGGAGGCGAAAGAGUCCGAAUGGCAGCAGGAGCUCGAUCAGGCGAUGGCCAACUCGCACGUGUCGAGUCCCGGUGCGCCGGCCGAUCGCGGUCUGGCAACGAUCGGCGAGCAAAGCGAACAGGCGUCCGGUGGUACGCUCGUACCGACAGGACCACUGGUAAGCUCCCGCUCGGCAGAAACGAUCCCAUCGGCACCGGUACCGGUUCCGCCAAGUACGGCGGGUCGUACGGCGGACACGAUCGACUACAUCGACCGGACACCGUCACCGAAGAGCAGCAUCUAG